CGCCUCUCGUCAACUGCGGUGGCCGUCGCCGGUGCUCAGGAGUGGACAUCAAGGAGCACGACCUCGGGGGCGCACCGUCCCGACCAAGCCGAUCCGACCCCGAAGCCAUCGAACCAGAGCGUGCGGCGCCGAAUGAAGCACCACCAUCUCAGCUCAUUCUCUCGAUUCUUGAACUAAUCGUUCCCGCCGCUCGCAAUCUCUCUCAUCAAAUUUCGAACUUUCAGCUGAGCACGAGUUCACCAUAACGACCGCAGCAGUCGGCGCGGGCGUCAAGCCUUUCUGGGUUUGUUCUUGACGCUGAGGAUCAAUUGAGGGGAGGAGGAACCCAGAAGGAAAAAUCCAAUCUUUACGCGUCGUAUGCCGUGAUUUGUUGCAGGGGCGCGAGCCUUAUGUGAUGAGCGGUGUUGUUGAGUCCAGAGAAUGGUGGGGGGAUUAUCCACUAGGUUGCUGAACAUCUGCAUAGCUUCCGUGUGCAAAACCCAGCAACUGCAGCGAGCUGAGGUCCUCCUGAUUGACGCCAUAAGAUUAGGAGUGCUGCCGAAUGUGGUGACUUACAAUAUUCUAGUCGAUGCCUACUGUCGUUUCGUCGGCAUGGGUGCGGCUUUGGACGUUAUCCCUCGAAUGAGGGAAGCCGGGAUAAGCCCGGACGUGAUCACUUAUAAUUCGUUGGUCGCUGGUUCGACCAGGAAGCGGUCUUUAUCGUUGACCCUCGACCUGUUCGACGAAAUGCUUGAAUUAAGUAUACAUCCUGACCGGUGGAGCUACAACACACUGAUGCACUGUUUUUUCAAGGUGGGAAAUCCGGACGAAGGUUACAAUGUGUUCCGGAAUCUGGUGCUCAGCGAGAUUACUCCUGGUCAAGAUACAUUUAACAUCCUGAUCAACGGGCUGUGCAAGAAUGGGUAUGCUAUGCAUGGCCUCAUGUUGUUUAGGAAUUUACAGCGGCAUGGAGUCGUUCCGGAACUAGUUACGUACAAUCUUCUUAUCGAUGGACUCUGCAAAGCGGGGCAAUGGAGAGCCGCAAAGACAAUGAUAAUGGAGCUUUUGGAAACAGAUGAAAAUCCUAAUGCCAUAACCUUCACCACAGUCAUGAAAUGUUGCUUUAAGUUUCAGAAGUACGAACAAGGGCUUGAGGUCUUCUUGGAGAUGGCAAAUCGAGGUCAUACUUUUGAUGGCUUUGGUUACUGUACGGCAGUUGGCGGUUUAAUUAAGAUUGGUAGGAUAGAGGAGGCAAAUCGAUGGAUGGAUCGGAUGUUGAAAAAUGGAAUAGGGCUUGAUUUGGUGUCCUAUAAUACCCUGAUUAAUCUGCACUGUAGGGAAGGUAGGCUAGGUGCUGCCUAUGCAGUGGUGGAGGAACUUGAGAAACGAGGUCUGGAGUGUGAUGCCUACACACACGCAAUUAUUAUUGAUGGUCUGUGUAGAGCAGGUGAUAUUGAGGGGGCUUAUCGCCAUUUAGACAGAAUGAAAGUUUUAGGUCUUGGCUCGAACCGGGUUGCUCUCAAUUGCAUGAUUGACAGGUUAUUUAAGGCUGGUUAUAUGGAAGCGGCUAUGAGAUUGUUCGAGUCUAUGGAGACUAAAGAUGAUUUUACCUAUUCCUCAGUCGUGCACAGUCUAUGUAAACUUGGGAGGUUUCGUAGUGCUUCCAAGGUACUGCUUUCUUGCUUGAGAAGUGGAACGAAAAUACUCAAGUCUGCACAAAAGGCUGUUCUUACUGGCCUCAAGAUGUCUGGAUAUAGGAGGGACGCCAAAAAGCUCCAGUCGCAGAUUUAUAUGGCUAGAGUGUUGGCACGAUAUUGAUGUGGAAAUUACACCCUUUCUCAGGCCAGAAAAUUGCGCUACCUGUGGUGCCAUCAGCUAAAGUGUCACGAUUGCUUUCAAGCUUUGAUUUCAACCAACAACAGUUGCGCAUGCAUGCCUCUUUUUUUAUGGCAUUAAAUACAAGCUUUUUUAUCCAUAUAGUCAAGACUGGACUAAAAUUGUUUAAAAUGGCUGUUCAUCUUAUGACGACAACAAUUACCUCGCCCUUUUUGGUUGCUUCAGAUCAUGUGAGGAGACAACUCUGCUACCUGGUGAAAUUACACAAUCAGGUGUCUUUUGUGGGGUUGACAAGUUUCAAACAUGAAGCAGGAUACAUAGAUGACAGACAACACUUGAUCUAUGCUUUCAGAAGACAGUUAAUUGAUAAAAUUUUCUAUUCUAAGCUUAAGUCUUCAGAUGUGUAUUCACUCGCAUUUUGCAGGAUUGCUCAUUUUCCGACUUCUUGGCUUUCCUCAGUGUGGUUCAAAUGUCCAUCAAGGCAUGUCCAAAGUUGCUGCAAUAAACAAGGGGUGGUCAAAUAUAAUGUAUAACAAGGGAUCAUGUGAUGCAAUUUGGACUUAUAACUGAGCAAUUUUCUAAUGAAUUAGUAGAAGUGUUGGUGCUUAACAAGGAUGAGAAGUCAACUGCAGGACGCUAGUUUCCUUUGAGUUUGGAUUGUGCAGCAUUGUCGGAGGUCUUUUAUUAGUAAGCACUCAAUCUUUUAAUGGCCUUCUACAAGAUAUCGAGGGAAGCUGCAGAGAGCAUAAAGGGGUAUAAUAUUACAAGGUGAUCGAAACCCAGUUAUGAGAGAGGCCACCCAUUCAGUCAGUCUUGGAGGACCUAAAGGUUCUGACCAAAUAGACAGGAGAGUCGCUGGAGCACAUGAUAUCCAAUCCCAAUAAUUAUCUGGAGGGGAAUUAAUUGUUUAAAUCUUGGAGGUGUUUAAGAAAACCAAGGAAGGACUCUGCUCUCUGCAUGAUUUGCAUUCUCUCCGCUGGAGCAGUUUGCUUGGGUUUAUUGCACGAUAAGUGGGAUCGGUAAACGUCAGGAGUUCGAAAGUGAAAUCUUGUAAUUGAAGUCACUUAUAUGCAUGAGAACAGUUACCAUGUUCUCAUCCAGUUUUUAAGCACUGAUUUAUUGAAGUUCUAAAGCAAUAGAUUGUCAGAUCAUAGAAUA